AAAGGUGCCGUGCAAAUGUGUGCAUAUGACAUUUACUAUCGAAAAUUCGAAAUUACCAUUUUUACAGUAAAUUUAAACUUAUUUACUAAGGAGUACGAUUUAAUUUUUAAUGUUUGAGGCACCGAUCCUAACCAUACCAGCUGUCAUUUUAAUAGCGAAUCCUAAUAUUCAUACUUAAGAAACUUAGACUUAAGAAUCUAAUUGAUGUCAGUAAAAAACUAUUGAAAAAGCACAAUCGCUGUGAUAAAAGGAUAUCCUGAUAAGCAAAUAUUUAGAGUUUAAGACUUUUAUAUUUAAAAUGAACUCUAUUUUAAGAAGUGCGGCAAGACCGCUUAGCAGAUUUUUAUCAACGACCCCAGUGAAGCAUUGUGCCGUUCCACCUAAGUUGAAACCAAAGAAAUUUGUCGGGCCGAUCACAUGGAAGUCUAUGGCCGUUACGGCACUCGUUGGCGGUGGCCUUACAGCGUUUAUGUUAUACGUGAGAAAAGAAAAACAAGAAGCUUUGGAUCGUGAUAGAAAACGUCAGCUUGGUAAGGCCAAAAUAGGAGGAACGUUUGAGCUGGUAGAUUCCGAAGGAAGAACAGUAAAAAGUACAGAUUUUCUCGGCAAAUGGCUAUUAAUAUACUUUGGCUUCACACAUUGUCCCGAUAUCUGUCCUGACGAGCUGGAAAAACUAGCAGAAGUUGUUGAUAAACAUGAUCAAACUCCAUCAUCACCACCAAUGCAGCCAAUAUUCAUUUCAGUGGAUCCUCAAAGAGAUACACCUGAAAUUGUAGGAAAGUACUGCAAGGAGUUUACGCCAAGAUUACUAGGCCUGACUGGAACUAAAGAACAAAUUCAACAAGCUUGUAAAUCCUACAGGGUUUAUUUUAGUGCUGGGCCCCAGGAUGUUGAUAAUGAUUAUAUUGUUGAUCACACUAUUAUUAUAUAUUUAGUAGAUCCCGAUGGAGAGUUUGUGGAUUACUAUGGACAAAACAGAAACGCAUCAGAUAUAUACAAUUCUAUUCUUGUAAAUAUUCAAAAAUACAAUCAGGGCAAGAAGACAUCUUGGUUCUAAAAUAAGUAAUAAUAAUAGCAUUUAGUUAGUUUUAUUGUUCCAAAUGAAAAUUGAAUAAAUUUAUUUAUUGCCAAUAAA